UUGAAGAGAAACAAAAAACAUGUUAUGGAAUUUCCUAGUUACAUCACAAGACAUGUGCAAGGAACAAACCAUACCGACCAUGAUGAGAAACACACAAUAUAUGGAACCGACCAACAAAAAAAAGCAAGGACCCCCAACACAAACAAAGACACUCCUAACAACCGGAAGGAAAGACACUCAUCACCCGCUCACAAUCUCAACAACAACAUAAACCAUCACCAGACACAGAGAAUCAGCAGAGACUUGUUUUGACUCUAAAUAUCUGCUCCAACUCCUAGAUUGGACUUGUAGUUUCAGUUAUUACAGUUUUUAUCAGGACUACUACUACAACAUAAGACACUUGAUUAAACUUGAGAUUUGGAGACAACAUCCGUCAGUCAGUACACAUAUAUAUCAUCUUAAGGACUUUAACUACAGAAGAUAAAAAAUCAGGUCAAAAGUGUGCAGCAUUCAUGUCUUCUUCUACUACUACUACUGCUCCAACGAAUUCACCACCAUCAUCUCUUCCUCAACAAAGGUUAUUGGGGAAGGUGGCGAUAGUAACUGGAGGUGCUUCAGGCAUAGGUGAGGCAAUUGUCCGCCUCUUCCACCAACACGGUGCAAAAGUAUGCAUUGUCGAUGUUCAAGACCAGCUUGGCAAUCACCUAUCCCAAUCUCUUGGGGCUGAAGAUAAUGUAUGUUUCUUCAAUGGGAAUGUCACAAUUGAGGACCAGAUAUCUGAAGCUAUUGAUUUCACAGUUGCCAAAUUCGGGGCACUCGAUAUUAUGGUCAACAAUGCAGGAAUAACGGGUACUCCUGCUUGUGAUAUUCGCAAAGUGGAUUUGGCAGAAUUUGAAAAGGUUUUUGAUGUGAAUGUUAAGGGUGUCUUCAUUGGAAUGAAGCAUGCGGCACGCGCAAUGAUCCCCAGGGCCAAGGGUUCAAUUGUUUCUCUAUGUAGUAUUGCAAGUAAUGUUGCAGGUGUAGGUCCACAUGCAUAUACUGGGUCCAAGCACGCUGUCGUGGGGAUAACUAAGAAUGUUGCAGCCGAGCUCGGUGGACAUGGGAUACGCGUUAAUUGUGUGUCUCCUUAUGCAGUAGCUACGAAUUUGGCCUUGGCGCAUUUGCCAGCAGAAGAGAGGACAGAGGAAGCAUUUGAUGGAUUCCGCGCUUUUGUGGGUAAGAAUGCUAAUUUGAAAGGGGUGGAGUUAACUGUCAAUGAUGUAGCUGAUGCUGUUCUUUACUUGGGAAGCGACGAGUCUAGGUAUAUCAGUGGGGUUAAUUUGAUUGUUGAUGGAGGAUUUUCGUGUGUGAAUCAUUCACUGGGUGUAUUCAGAUAAUAAUAGGUUCUGUAAAACAUCAUUUGCACGGUGCAUUAGGCGGGGAGUUGUGGUAAUUUUUAUAAAUUGGUGUUGGCCUGGGAAUGAAAAUGGAUUGCUGCAGUUCUGAAUCUAA